UGUUUUGGGGGGGGGGCGUUAGAGUUUUUCACGAUGAACAAGCUAUAUAUUGGAAAUCUCAAUGAAAACGUGACUGCAGAGGACUUGGUUAAAACCUUUGAAGAUAACAAGAUCCCAUACUCUGGACAGUUUCUCAUGAAAACUGGCUAUGCGUUUGUUGAUUGCCCAGACGACCAAUGGGCAAUGAAAGCGAUUGAAACAUUUUCUGGUAAAGUGGAACUUCACGGCAAACGAAUUGAGGUCGAACAUUCUGUCCCUAAGAAGCAGAGGUAUUUGCUUUCUCUUGAAUAG